AUGAAGCUGUGGAAGAGUCGCGUCAAUAUCAUGAUCGCGAAUGACAGGAUUGCGUUGAGUCAAGGAAGUAAGGAAUCCUACGAGAACAGCGACUUUGAUGCCACUAUGGGCAUGUGCCAUCAAGGCACCGUCAACGUCAACUUCCAAAGGAUGCUUCUGCGACCUUUCCUCCUUGCGGCAUGCAUCAACACAUUGGCAUCACGCGUGCUCUGUAGACCAACUGGUUCUGAUAGGGACUGGGAAGUAGGGCGCUCGCCAACCAGCGGACUCGCAGAAAGUAGUUUCUCUAGCAACGUCAUCCCAUGGAGCAGUGAUGGAAGUUCUUCGUCUGGGACCAAGCGACCUUUCAGCCCUGACCCCUGGACUCGAGAGUGGUUUGACAGCCCUUCCGUACCUCAGACCGGCAUCUUCGGAUUGCGAGACUCGGGCUGGAAGGACAUACCACACGAAGCCGGUGCUUCGACGGCGCCGGAUCACGAGGCCCUUGGUCCACAGAAUGAAAUGACGAUUCACGACAAUUUCGCAACCAGCCUCGUUCCGACGAGCCUCGAUCGCGGCGUCGACGCCCAGCUCCAUUCUGGUCGUUCUCAGCAGCCAGCACCACUUCCUCUCAUGGGACCACUUGUCCCAAACCGCGGUCAAGCCGGCGAGUCUUUCAAAUCGCACGCAUUGUUGAAAGAAGGUCAGCACGAGGAACGGUCAGGCCAUGUCGGUACGUCUUCGUCUAAUCAAGGGGCUGAUCCGAUGCCGGCUGAGCCGCUGUCGUCAGACCCGUCUGUCUUAGCUGAAGAGAGACAGCUUCAUAAAAUUCAAAAAACACCAGCGGCUCGAAUGGCGCGGGCGCGGGCAGAGCUGAAUCGCGUGAUACUUAACACCAAUAAGCGGACUGCCUUCUCUGGCAGCGCAACGAAUGCAGACAAAUGGCAGCACCGUAUGCGAGAGGUUCUCGGAAGCGAAGACGUAAAGAUCUUGCCCAUACAGCAGCCUGCGGGAAUCACCGACAGGGUGUUUAUCGCCAAGUACACUGACCCAACUCAAGCGAUGCCGUCGGCCGCGUCCGUACCUCGAUCUUGGCAGAUGGAUUCCUAUGGGCUUUUAACGUGGGGACACUUCCUCUCCCUCUCUAAGCAGCUGAAAGUGCAGCGGUUGUCGCAGCUGGUCACUGGAAGCCAAUGGAAGCGACUCUACGUCUAUCUGAACAGCGAUGCCAAACGUGCUUACAUCAACCAGCAUUAUUUUAAUAAUCUUGUUAGAUGGCUCCCCAUCAACGAGAACGAGUUGCAUUGGACCGGGUUGAACAAGCUUCAUUUGGGAAGACAAGUUCAAUACGUUCUCCCGCCGAGCGACGGACACGAUAUGGCGCUGAUACUUGAUCGUCAUGAUCGACCUCAGAAUGGAGUCGGCGCAUUCGUAGCGAGGAUGACGGGAACCACUGAUUUGGAACAGUCAGUCUCGGUGUGGUCUCCGGCGCUGUUCGAUGGGGAGAGGUAUACUUUCAUACUAUAUGGCGUGGGACAGAUCAAGCAAGAUCGCGUAACGCAGGUUCUUGGGAGGCUGGAAGCCCUACAGAAGACCGCCGAGACGAACAAGAUCGCUUACACCGCCACCCGCGAUAUUGCCGACUUGCGCGGAGCCGGCCAUCUUGUGUAG